AUGUCUGGAGGAAUUCAAAGUUUACUUAAGACUGAAAAAGAUGCCCAGGAAAUCGUUUCAGAGGCCAGAAAGUACCGUACGCAAAAGCUAAAGGCUGCUAAAUUAGAUGCUAAGGCAGACGUUGAUUCCUACAAGGCCAAGAAGGCCAAGCAGUUGACAAAAUUCGAAGACGAGUUCGUUGGUACCAACAAAAAAGCAGAACAGGAUGCUGAUAAGCAGGUCGAGGGUGAUUUGGAAGGUAUUAAAAAGGCUGUUGCUGAGAAGCGGGAAGCUGUUGUCAAACUUUUAGUUGAUGCCAUUGGUACUCCAAAUCCUGAAAUGCCUAGAAACAUCACUAAGAUUCAUUAG